CGACAUUGCGAAAAAGCCAAGUAUGGGCAUCUCGGCUUUGCCUGGCCAAGGACGUGCCCUCUCCUGCUGCCUCUUCAUGCAGGCCCUUGUGCAUAACCAGCAGCUGCUGUGGAACCCCAGUGCCAUGUCAUCUGUGAGCUCUUCGUCCACCUUCCGCUCUGAACACAUCAGCACCUUUACGCCAAGCAAGCCUCACUUUGAGCCCCUGCUGGAACCUCCCCAUGGGAUCUUUGGUGCUGGGAGAACUCGGGAGCCCUAUGGGUAUUCAGGCUCCCCUCCGUCAGUCCAUUCCUCAGCGCUGGGCAACAGCAAUGUGGUGGCCAGCGGGAACAAAUACCAGGUCAUAACGGACCUCAGCCAGUUUGAACCUCAAGAUAUCGUGGUGACUUCCUACAACUAUUGCAUUGUCAUCCAAGCAGAGAAGAUGGCAGAAGAUGGCAUUGUCUCCAACACCUUCACCCACAAGUGCCAGCUGCCAACAGACAUGGAUCCUCUGUCUAUCAGUUGCUCCCUGAAUGAUGCUGGCAUGUUGAUCAUCACGGCUAGGAGGCAACAGCUGUCUCCAUCAUCACCUCUGUAUCGUACGGAGGUGAAGCUCUAAUCCUAAACCUCUCCCCCAAGGCAGAACAGCAGCUCACCCCCAAAGCCCCCCCAGAUAUGAUUCUUUUGAUUUGUGGGCACCCCUUCUACCAUGCCGUGCCAUACUGUAGCACCACACAUAGGCAGUGGCAUGCAUUCCUUCCCCUUAGAUUCCCCUUCCAAUUGGUAGAAGGGAAAACCCUACAUGGGAAAAAUGAUCCACCAGGUAGCUACAAAACAGCGGAGAUCCUCCAUCAUUGGGACAUGCAAAGCAACAGCUUCUGAGAAAAAAACAGUCCUGAGGUCUGGAAGCUCCAGGCUUGGGGGCAUUUGAAACUUGGCAGCAUCUUACAGUAAAGCUACAGAGCUGAGGUGCAGAAGUUGGAUGACGACUAGGUUACAGUAAAGAGAACUCUCUGUGGUCACCUGGAGGCAUCUGAGUUAUAGGCUAGCCUUACUGGUCAGUCUAGAGCAGCGUUUCUCAACCUUGUCAACUUUAAGCCAUGGGGACUCCAACUCCCAGAAUUCCCCAGCCAGCUGUUGGAGUCCCCAUGGCUUAAAGUUGACAAGGUUGAGAAACGCUGCUCUAGAGAAAGACGGUGAUACGGGGUGUAGUUGGCUACAGACCUCCAUUAAUCAGAAGGCAAGGUGUGAAUGUGCUCCCUUCCGCCCUCCAUCCAUCUCCAAGGGUUUUCUAGCCCCUUUGCCUUUCAUUUCUUGGCAGGCAGACACAUUUCCAGACACGGCACUGGGCAAACCCCCUUCUAUUAUUAUUUUCUAAGAAACUUCCAAGCACAGGCAGGCCAGGCCAGAACAGAAAUAAAGAUGGU